AAUUCACUCCAAUGUGGCUCUUCAGCGCAACAUGACGGCAGAGCCGAACUAGCGCGCGGUGGGCAUGUGUCAGCCGCUCCUCUACACACACACACACACACUGAGAGAAGCAGCAGCAACAGCAGAAUGGCUCGAUUGGUUCUUGCAGACAGUAAAGUGGAUAUGAUGUGAGAGGAGCUGUCCAUGAUCCGUGCUGCUGAACCACGCGCGCACUGGGCUACUGUAGCACUUUGCUGGCUGAUAUAUUUACUCGUUUUGUUUAUUUGAUCAUUUAAAGGGAGUCUGAUGUGAAGAGGCUGUCAACUGAAGAUCUCAUCUGGGAUUUUCCUGUUGUAAUACUAAUGGACAUCUCUGAUUUACAACAUCCCAUUUAAAUCUGAACCACUCCCAGCAGCCCAUUCUCCUCUAAAGCGAAUCAGACAUAGAGAUGUCUCUAUGUGAAGAACUGUAAGUCGAACCGACAGAUACAUUUUAAGACAUUCCACAUCUUUUGCUUUGCGAAGAAACAACACAAGGUCACAUUUAAAGGUAGACUCCCUGCAUGGGAGAGUCCUGGUUCAAUCAAACGGAGGCUUUUAAAGAUCGCCCGUCUCCCAUCUCCGGCUGACCCUCCGCACUCAACUUUCUGUCAGGAUGAGUGACUCACAGGAAGCGACGUCCCCGGUGGCAGGGAUAGGAGGCCCUGCUGCUUGUGUUUCCAAGGUGGAGCUGCGUGUUUCCUGCAAGUCCCUGUUGGACCGAGACACGCUCAAUAAGUCUGACCCCUGCGUCAUGCUCAUGGUACAGAACCAAGGUCAAUGGACUGAACUGGACCGUACUGAGGUGAUCAAGAGUAACCUGAAUCCUGUCUUUGCUAAAGUCUUAAUGCUGGACUACUACUUUGAAGAAGUACAGAAACUGCGCUUUGAAGUCUACGACAUCCACGGAACCCACAGUAUUGGAACGCGCGAUGACGACUUCCUGGGUGGUGUGGAGUGCACACUUGGACAGAUAGUGGCCCAAAAAAAGAUGGUGAAACCUCUGUUGCUGAAAUAUGGAAAAUAUGCUGGAAAAUCCACUAUCACAAUUCACGCUGAAGAGAUUUCUGGGAACAAUGGUUACGUGGAGCUUUCUUUCUGUGCCAAGAAGUUGGAUGAUAAGGAUCUCUUCAGCAAGUCAGAUCCAUUCUUGGAGAUUUACCGGAUCAAUGAUGAUGGAACAGAACAGCUUGUACACAGAACUGAAGUGAUUAAAAACAACCUGAACCCUGUGUGGGAACCCUUUAAGGUGUCUCUCAUUUCUCUGUGCAGCUGUGAUGACGAACGGAAGUUAAAGUGCUUAGUCUGGGACUAUGACUCGAGGGGAAAGCAUGACUUCAUUGGUGAAUUCUACACUAAUUUCAAAGAAAUGCAGAAGAUUUCCUCAGGAAACAAGGUCACAUGGGAUUGCAUCAAUCCAAAAUACAAACUGAAGAAGAAGAACUACAAGAACUCUGGGUUGGUUAUUCUCAGUGAUCUCAAGCUUCACAGAGUCUAUUCCUUCCUGGACUACAUCAUGGGGGGCUGCCAAAUACACUUCACAGUUGCCAUUGACUUCACGGCAUCCAAUGGGGACCCUCGCAAUAGCUGUUCCCUGCACUACAUCAACCCAUAUCAGCCGAACGAGUAUCUGAAAGCUUUGAUAGCCGUGGGGGAGAUCUGCCAGGAUUACGACAGUGACAAACGAUUCUCCGCUUUGGGCUUUGGGGCAAGAAUUCCACCUAAUUAUGAGGUGUCUCAUGACUUUGCCAUCAAUUUCAACCCAGAGGAUGACGAAUGUGAAGAGAUCCAGGGGGUCGUGGAAGCCUACCAAAACUGCCUGCCCAAGAUCCAGCUCUACGGUCCCACUAAUGUGGCUCCCAUCAUCAGCAGAAUAGCUAAACUGGCGGCUGGGAGAGAACCCAUCAAAGACGCUUCUCUAUAUCAUAUCCUGCUGAUCCUCACAGACGGGGUGGUAACAGACAUGGCCGAUACACGGGAGGCCAUCGUUCGGGCCUCCUACCAGCCUAUGUCCAUCAUCAUAGUGGGAGUGGGAAACGCCGACUUCACGGACAUGCAGAUCCUCGAUGGAGAUGAUGGAGUCCUGCGCUCACCCAAAGGGGAACCUGUCUUGAGGGACAUUGUCCAGUUUGUGCCCUUCAGAGACUUUAAAACGGCUUCACCAGCUGCACUGGCCAAGUGUGUCCUUGCGGAGGUGCCUAAACAGGUAGUGGAGUACUUCAGUCACAAGGCCAUACCGCCCAUGAACCCAGUGUUGAAUUCGACCCCCAACUCCAUCGCCAACACACCUGAAUAACACUCAAGCCUCCGGUCAAGCCCUGUACUCCUCCACGGUACUGCAAAGAGUGAGAGCUGGGACAGGGCUGCUCUGCCACAAAAUACAGUACAUUGACUACUUUUUGUUCAUUCAUAAGGUGUUCAUACAUGACUGACGGUUUGGAUCUUGGUGGCUGAUCUUACCCUUGACACCAUGACUGCUCCCCCAGCAUGCAAACCGGAGUCCUUUUCAGACAGGGCUGACAGUACAUUGAAUUCCCAUCAGCACCACAAGCCUUCUGAUCCCCGCUGACUCUUUUCAACUGCACAAGGACACUUCUGCAUUCUGCUGUUUUGUAUGUCCUUCAGAGCUUUCGAAGACUGCCUGUGAGCUCCUUUCAUUUCUGGACUCCCGGAGAACUGGAAAAGAACUGGCCGCAAACGUACAAUGUAAUAUGAAGAAUUAUUCUAUAGAUAAUUGCAUGUACAUUGACUGAAUGCUUUGGUUUUGCUGGACAAAUAUGCAUACUUCAUAGCUAAAAUCAUGAUCAUUUUGAUGUAAAGAUAAAGGGUGUGAAAAUGGUCAUCAACUGACUAGUCAAUUAGUCAGGUCAACUAGUUAAAUAUUUUAGCAGUGGUGCUUUAAUUAGCAUGCUGACAGAGCGCUGUUUGACAAUUUGCACGGUGAAACCCACUUGGAAAACUUGCGUCUUUAAAUCCAUCGCCUGUAAAGCACCGGUGCAACAGCCAUACACAUGCAGACAUGCUGUUUUUUAAGCAUCUUACGCCAUGAGCAGUCUUAAGAUGCUGUGUCAAGUUAAAAAGAGUUUUUCAGAAAAAUACCUUUUAAAAAUGUAUCUUGAGACCUGUUUCAUUCUAUUAUGUCUAACUUGAAUGCAUCUGUUAACAUCCCAUAACAAACACGUCUGAUUGGUGAAAAUGAAGCCAGCCUAAUUAUACAGGACUUAUACAGGAAUUAUACAGUCAGUAGGUUACCUAAGAAUCUUUGAAAAUGUUUUGUUCACAUCCCUAGUCAUCAUAUUGUGUGUCUCUGCACCAAUGCUCUUAUUCAAAUGUACAUUAAUUGAUAUUCUUUCCCUGUUUAAAUGGUUUGUGGAAACAGUUGAACAUUGCCACAGGCACUGUGUCAAUCAUGAGAGACGUGUACAAAUCUCUGCUCUAAUUAAAAAAUAGAAGUAUAAUUUUUGUGCCGUUAGCAGAACCAAACAGAACUGUUUCAACACUGCCAAACAGAUAGUCCACCCCAAACUAUGUACUGUAUGGCAUAUCUUCCCUUGUGAAAAAAUGUGCUUUAUUGUAUUGAAUGUCCACUUGUAGUGUACUUCAAAUCUUAAAAGUAUAUAUUUAAAAAAUAUAUAUAUAUAUACUUGUAGAUGAUAUAAUAUUAAUGAAAUAAACGGCAACUUAAGUGUACUUAAAGAGAGUCCACUUUUAUGAAUGUUUCUUAACACACUUAAGUACACUUUUAAAAAGUACACUUUGUAAUAAUAUCAAAUUAAAAGUUUCUAAUCUUUUGUGUUUUUAAAAAAGUACACUUAUUUUAAUGUGUUGACUAACAUACUAAAGCGCAUGUAAAGUGCUUGAUUCUAAUUUUAACUGUAACGUGUUAUGCAGUUAAUAUAUUUAAAAUGUACUAAAUUGCAACUUCAUCAUUACAAAUAUAUUUAAAUGUAUGACAUACGAGUUUCAAUAAAAAAUACAUUAAAGUAUAUUUUAAUUUACUGUAAUUUAAUGGUAACUUACCAUACUUUAUACCAUAUUUCAAAGACAACAGAAAUAAUUAUGAAAUUACAUAUAAAUAUGUACUUAAGUCCUACUGAAGUGGGCCAGAAAACAGUCAGUGUUCAGCCAAUUGAAUUUAAUAUAAAUUUAAACUAUAAUACAUUUUCAUUUAAUUGUAAAUAAGAUGCAAUUACAUCUUAUUGCAAUGCAAACAUUACGCUGAGUUCACACUUAAGUAUAUUCUUUUAAAGUAUAUUAUUUCUGUAAUAAGUACUCUUUAAAAGUAUGAUAAAGUGUACCUAUUUUUCACAAGGGUAGCCACAUUAUAUGUGAUAAAACAAAAUGCAGGCAAAGUGAAUAUGAAAAGUGAUAAGCGUAAAGUUCUGUUUUUAUUCUGAUGUUUGGGUGGCAGUGGCACUCACACAGAUGCAGCCUACUGUUUAAUUGACUGCUGUUUAGUGACAUUGACGUACACACAGAGUUUACAUCAAACUACAGGCUGACUGAACAAUAUCCAUGUCAAACAUGGAUGGCUGCACAGUUCUACAGUACAUGCAUGACUUCAAUUACUAACACUAAACAAACAGUGAUGGCUAUAUUUACCUAUUACAGUAGGUAAACUUAAUUGGAUGAACACUGACAACUUCAUAAUAAGAAAUCAUAUUCAGUAUUGCCUAGCACAAAAAUACCUGCCCUCUCAAUAAACUGUUGACUUGCAACCUUUCAUACAACCAGAGAGAAACUGUCUCUAUGUUAUCCAGCAUUAUAUAUCUGUUAAACAGUUUGUCACAGUUCCUUCAACAAAACUGACUGGCAUAUGAUAAUGUACUGCAUCUUGACUGCAAGAGAAAAUCAUUUUAAAGUGUUUAUUGAAUGUACACUUCUUUUUUAAGUGCAAGUUUCGAGUUCUCCAUUAACAGGGUAUAUAUAGUCAUUUACGAUUUUGGGCACAGAAUCUUCUUGCUCUUAAGAUUAUAGCAUAGCCUUGAGUUAAAACUGAAAAGUGUCACAUGUAUGAUGUGCUUAGUACACAUCUAUACAAGAGCACAAACGAAACCUCUCUCUGUCUGCUAUUCUGAAGCCUGUAUUGCACAACUGCAACAUUAUCAUUCCAUUGUGAUAUGGUUAUGUAAAUGAAAGUCGCCAGAUCUUAAAAUGUUGCUGUUUCUGAAAUGGCUUUUUGAACUGUACAUGUAGCCUAUUCCAAUUUGCGCAGUGGUCUUGUACAUAGCAUUUAUUAAUACUUCUUUCUUUUCUUUGCUUGUCUUUUUAAUCCAUUUCCAAAUGGACUGCAUUUGCAUGUUGAGUGUAUCCCGGGGUGAAGUUUGCUCCCUCUUUUUCGAGGUGCUACUCUGCCACAUAGUAGCAGAAGGAGAGGAAAAUGUUGAGCAUGAGUUUCCUUCUGCUAUUCGUUUGAAAUAUGGGUCAUCACCCUGGUGGUAUUUUCUUGCAGCCUGAGGUCAUUGCAGCUUUAGAUAUUCAUACAGACCUCAGAGAUAUUAGGUAACAAAUUAAGUCAGCUGCAUCCUAAAGCAUUGAAAAGAUAGGCAGAUCAUGCUGUCCAAAAAGAAAUCUUCAUUAAACUGUAUUGUUAUUACUGUCAAAUGCGCUGGAUCACAGGGAGCAAGAGGAGUCAUUUGAACAUAUUUUGUCUCAUCUAUGCUUUAACAAUGCUUUGAUUUGAGCCAGUGACACCACUGGAACUAUCUCUUUCAAAAGCUGUGAUUUACUGCAUGCACUCCUCUGUGUUGAAAUGUACCUGUCUGAUUUCUUUCAGUGUUAUUUUGUUGGAAGCGAGUCUGCUGUUGCACCAGCCCGUUUCCUGUAGUCUAGACUUCUGCAUCGAGGCUAAUAAAUCUUUUAGUAAUUUGA